GCAACUGAAAUAAUACAUCAGUAAGGUAAAGAUUCCCCUCGGGUCCCUAUUUUUUCUACUUGCAUUUUUAUGUUGGGAGAAGCUGGCACUAGUAACAGGAGCUCACCCCGUUACACGGCAGCACUGGGGAUUCGAACCACCGACCUUUUGAUCCAGAAGCUCAGCUGUCUCAGCCCCUGAGCCACCGCGACCCUCAUAAUAUCAGUACAAAUCUUAAUUGUCCCAAGUUAAGGGUGUCAAACUCGAUUUCAUUGAGGGCUGGAUCAGCAUUGUGGUUGUUUGCGGCGGGGCGGGGGAACAGAGCUGAGGUGGUUGACGGGGCCGGGGCGUGCCCAGCAUGACGUCACUCGCGGGUGGUGCCUGUGGGGGCGGGGAGGGAAUCCAGGGGUCUCCGGUGGGUGAGGCAGGGAGCGGGAGUCUCGUCUCGCUGGAUGAGGUGAAGCAGGGCAGCUACAGCCUUUCUACCUUCAGUUGCUUUUGGCGCCAUUCAGUUUCCAACCCCACCUGGUGUGCUGGGGGGAUUGCCUUCCACUUUCUCCACCGCACCAUGAACUGGGAUUAACCAUCCCCCAUCUACUGUGAUGCCCCUCAUCCGAGUCCCACAUGGAACAUGAGGAUGCCCUCCGUGUCCUCUGGCAUCGCUCGCAGGAUCCUCCAGGGGGCUCCCUCGGUAACCGUUGGAAGGGUCUUGCAGAGACCCCUCCCGCUUUCGAAGAAAACUGAGCAUGCGUAUUGUUCUUUCCCGUCACGUGUUCUCCGGAACCUCCCCUCCCCCCUUUUUUUUCCCAGAGAAGGCUGGGAGCGCAUCUGCCUUUUCUACCGUCUCCGAUCCUGCUUCCCUUCGCUGUGAGCCUUGGCUGAGUUUCUCCAGAAGUCCAAGAGUUUGCAGGGAAAUCUUGCACGGAUGGAGAUCUAGACGUUGUUAUUGGAGGCGUGCACGGCGACCUGCAAAACUUCAUCAGAAAGGGAAUCCCUACCUCCUCUUCUUCAGGCUGAGAGAAGCGACCUGUCGAAAUCGCUUCUGCUGGCUUUGCAUGCAAGGCUGCAACUCAGUGUACAAGAAAUUGGAUAUAAGAAUAGUGCCGUUCCGAUAUGGGAAGAGUCUCCGAGAUGUUUGCACUCAGCUUCACCGCCUUUGCUGUCAAUGGCUGAAGCCGGAAAGACACACGAAGGCUCAGAUGCUGGACCUGGUGCUCCUGGAGCAGUUCCUGGCUGUCCUUCCCCCAGAGAUGGAGAAAUGGGUGCGGGAGUGUGGAGCAGAGACCAGUUCCCAGGCGAUGUCCCUGGCCGAAGGCUUCUUGCUGACUCAGGAGGAGGAAAAGAGGCAAGAAGAGUUGCAGAAAUCCUUGGUAGCUAUGAGUGAGUGUCCCAAGGGGAGGAAAGAUUCAUUCAGGUCUUCUCAAGAGCUGCUGUUCAGGGAGACUUUACACAAAGAUCGAAGUCACAACACCACUCCAGGCUUUAAUGUUCAAGAGGAUAAGAAUUGCAAGGAGGAAUGCCAAGCCAUCCAUCUGAAAGAGGAAAAUGAGAAAUUUGCAGAUCAGAUGCAACCAAUGAGUGAUGAAAGCAAUCAAUCACAAAGUGGAAUUAAAAAAGGCUUUCCUCAGGUCAGUUGGCUUCCUAGCUGUACAAACAUUGAUAUGGGAGAAAGACCAUAUCAAUGCAUGGAAUCUGGAAAGAGCUUAAAUAAAUCCGAUCAUCUCAUUUCUCAUAAAAAGACACAUUCAGAAGAGAAACCAUAUCAGUGCAUGGACUGUGGAAAGAGCUUUAGUAGGAAAUAUGCUCUGAUUCACCAUAAAACUUUCCAUACAGAGAAGAAGCCGUAUCAAUGUAUGAAGUGCAGAAAAACCUUCUGUUAUUAUGACUCUCUGGUGAGACAUCAAAGGAUUCACAAAGGGGAAAGACCUUAUAAAUGCAUGGAGUGUGGAGAGACCUUUACUUAUAGCAUUAAUCUUAAUUCCCACAAGAGGAUCCACACAGGAGAGAAGCCAUAUGAAUGCACGGAGUGUGGAAAGGCUUUUAGGCAGAGUAGUAAUCUUACCUCCCAUAAGAAGAUCCACACAGGAAGGAAACCGUAUCAAUGCAUGGACUGUGGAAAGACCUUUACUUGUACCAAUGAUCUUAAUUCACACAGGAGGAUUCACACAGAAGAGAAGCCAUUUGUAUGUGUGGAAUGUGGAAAGAGCUUUAAGUGGAAUUCUGCUCUUACCUCCCACAAAAGGAUCCAUACAGGAGAGAAACCAUAUCAAUGUAAGGAAUGUGGAAAGAGUUUUACUCAUAGCAGUCAUCUUAAUUCGCACAAGAGGAUCCACACUGGAGAGAAGCCAUAUCAAUGCAUGGAGUGUGGAAAGUCCUUCUGUUAUAAUCGUUCUUUUAUAACCCAUCAAAUGAAUCACAAAGGGUUAAGACCUUAUAAAUGCAUGGUGUGUGGAAAGACCUUUACUUGUAGCAGUAACCUUAAUUCCCACAAAAUGAUCCAUACAGGAGAGAAGCCAUAUCAAUGCAUAGAGUGUGGAAAGACCUUUACUCAAAACAGUUAUCUUAAUAUCCACAAGAGGAUCCACACAGGAGAGAAACCAUAUCAAUGCAUGGAGUGUGGAAAAACCUUUACUUGUAGCAGUAAUCUUAAUUCCCACAAAAAGUUCCACACAGGAGAGAAGCCAUAUCAAUGCAUGGAGUGUGGAAAGACCUUUACUCAAAAGGGUUAUCUUAAUACCCACAAGAGGAUCCACACAGGAGAGAAACCAUAUCAAUGCAUGGAGUGUGGAAAAACCUUUACUAGUAGCACUGGUCUUAACUCCCACAAAAGGAUCCACUCAGGAGAGAAGCCAUAUCAAUGCAUGGAGUGUGGAAAGACCUUUUCUCGUAACACUUAUCUUAAUACCCACAAGAGGAUCCACACAGGAGAGAAAUUGUAUGAAUGCAUGAAGUGUGGAAAGACCUUUGGUUUUACCAGUCAACUUGAUUCCCACAAGAAGACCCACAUGGGAGAGAAACCAUAUCAAUGCAUAGAGUGUGGAAAGAACUUUACUCGUAAGAGUAAUCUUGAUUCCCACAAGAGGAUCCACACAGGAGAGAAACCAUAUCAAUGCAUGGAGUGUGGAAAGAGCUUUACUAGUAAAUAUGCUCUGAUUCAGCAUAAAAGCAUCCAUACAGAGGAGAAGGCAUAUCAAUGCAUAGAGUGCAGCAAAACUUUCUGUUAUUAUGAAUCUCUUAUAAAGCAUCAAAGGAAUCACAAAGGAGAAAGACCAUAUAAAUGCAUGGAGUGUGGAAAGACCUUUACUUGUAGCGGUCAUCUUACUUCCCACAAAAAGAUCCAUACAGAAGAGAAGCCAUUUCAAUGUGUGGAAUGUGGAAAGAGCUUUAAGUGGAAUUCUAGUCUUACCUACCACAAAAGGAUCCACACAGGAGAGAAACCAUAUCAAUGUAAGGAGUGUGGAAAGAGUUUUGCUCGUAACAGUCAUCUUAAUUCGCACAAGAGGAUCCACACAGUGUCACCUUCAAAUCCACACUAAUCACUUCAAACUUUGGGAGUCUUCAGCUCUUUUGGACAGAAGAAAAUUGGUACUUUAUUUAGUCUGUUUAACUGACAUUGUCUUUCAACGUCAACUACUCAUAAUUCCUGAGCUGUCUUCUAUACUGAAAAACCGAAAGGAAACCAUUUUUCUUUUUUGCCUCAUGGAAUUUGAGCUUUAUUUGCACUUAUCAAGAUUUGCCUUCCUGUAUUUUGUAAUCUCACCUUUCCUCCAGUCACCCAUGAAACACCAUUCUCCCAUUCAUCUCCCCUUCAUGGCGCCUUGUUUUGAGGUGAAAUUUCUAAAACUUCCAUGAGUUUGAGCUUUCUCUCCAUUUUGGAACUUUCCUUUUGAUGCCCCUUUUUCAAGCAAGAUGGUUUCUUCUGGAUUCUUCUCAUUUUUGCUGCCACCACUUGCUCUUUUGAGCUGCUGUUAGCUGCCCAGAGGCAUGAAUUUGAAAAGGCAACUGAAAUAAUGGAAAUAAAACAUCAGUACAAAUCUUAAUUGUCCUAAGUCAAGGGUGUCAAACUCGAUUUCCUUGAGGGCUGGAUCAGCAUUGGGCCAUAAGGGCAUUGGGCCAUCCAGCAUAAGCGCACAAACGUGCCUAUCGUUCCUGUCCUAUUGUUUUUUCUUUUCUUCUUCCUAUAUAUAUGCUUAUCCCUCCUAAUAUUUACUCAUAUAUAUGUCUAUAGACUAUAUAAUCCUUUUGUGUGAUGCCUACAUAUAUUGUUGUGACAAAUAAACAAAA